AUGGCCUCGUCGGAGAUCAGCGAGGAUUUCGUCCCCGGGAGGAAGCUCCUCGUCCAUGUGGCGGAGAAUGGCCACAGCUUCGAGUUCGACUGCGACGAGUCGACUCCGGUGGAGAUGGUGCAGAGGACCAUCGAGAAGCUUUGUGGGCUCCCCCCCGGAGACCAGUUCCUCCUCUGCCUGGACAGGAAGCUCGAGCCCCAUCGCCCUCUCUCCUUCUACAAGCUCCCCCAGGACGAUCGGGAGGUCUUCCUCUAUAACCGCCCCCGUCUCCACGCCGAUGCUCAGCCACCGCCGGCAGAGACCUUCGACCUGCCGCCGCCGGCGGAUCCGCCACCGCCGCCCUCCGCCGCGAGGGAUCCCCAUCCCCUCGACGACGCCCCAGACCCCGCCCUCAAGGCCCUUCCCUCCUACGAGCGCCAGUUCAGGUUCCACUUCCAUCGCGGGCAGGUCAUCUUCAACCUCUCGCAGACCAAGUUCGAUGCCUGCCAGAGAUUGCUGCUGGAGCAGUGGGUUCAACAGAGAGCUAUGGAGACGGCGAGAGGAAGCAUGGAUCAGGGUUACAGGGUGGUGCAGCAGUCCUUCUCCGAGUUCGUCAAGCUCUACUCCCAGCAGCACCGCCACCAUUCCGAGCUUCUGCAGAAUUUCGCCAGCAACAUUGAGAGAUUGAGAUCCUGCAGGCUCCACCCGGCUCUACAGACAGAGAGCAGGAAGUGCCUGCUCGACUUCGUCAAGGAGGAUCAUCUGAGGAAGCUCGCGGAGAACUGCGCUCAUUCCCACCGCCAGUUCGAGGUCAAGGUCUCCCAGUUCAAGUCGGCCUUCGGGGAGCUCAAGAGGCGGGUGGAGGAUCUCGGCCUCGGCAGGGCUUCCGCUUCCCUCAAGGAUCUGGACGUCGCCAUUAAAGACCAUCAGAAGUAUCUCGCCGAGCAGAAGAGCAUAAUGCAGUCCCUCAGGUCGGUCCCUCGUCUCUCUCUCUUCUGGGCUCUGGAGUCUUCCUCGUAUCGAGAUAUUCUACUGAUCUCCAUCUCCUCCGCGCCAAUAGUUCUUAGCUUGCGAUCUUCUUACGUUGACAAUCGGUUCUUAGAAAGCAUGUGGGCGUGAGUUCCGCUGAAAUCUCAGAGGAAUGCUUGGCAGGAUGUUUGUUCUUCAUGCCGGAUUGAAAUCUCCGUUAUCCUGUGAUUGUCCAUGAAAAUAGAAGCCCAGAAUGGAAAAGAUCUAGCUCUGACCAUGGAAAUACCCUCGACGUCGGAUAAUUACCGCCCGUAUCAGCCUUAGAAAAGAAAAAAGUCAACUUUUUUGUCGUGAGAUUUUAUGUCUGCGAGGUUUUAGCAUGGACUGAAUAUCUCACAAUCUGUUUUAUCACGUGGGUUCUGUUCUAUCUUCUCGGCAGCAAAGACGUCAACACUGUGAAGAAAUUGGUGGACGACUGCUUGAGCCGCCAGAUCUCCUCCUCGCUCCGCCCCCACGACGCCGUCUCUGCUCUCGGGCCGAUGUACGACGUCCAUGAGAAGAACAACCUCCCGAAGAUGCGGGCCUGUGACGACGCCAUCGGCGAGCUGCUAAAUCUCUGCAAGGCCAAGAAGAACGACAUGAACCUGUUCGUUCACAGCUUCAUGCAGAAGGUGGUGCAAGUUCAAUCGGUCAUCCGAGACAUCCGCCUCCAAUUCCCCGCAUUCAUGGAGGCCAUGGACCGCCAAGACGACGUCUUUGCCGACCUCAGCGUGGCGCGGGGGAUUGCUCCAGCUUACCGGGCCUGCCUUGCAGAGGUGAUCAGGAGGAAGUCCUCGAUGAAGCUCUACAUGGGCAAGGCGGGAGAGUAUGCAGAGAGGCUGGCUAGAGAGAGAGAGCUCGAGAUUGGCCGCAGGAGCGAGUUCCUUCGUGCUCAGGGCCGCUUCAUCCCCAGGGACAUACUGGCCACAAUGGGCCUCUUUGACAAUCCGAAGCCGUGUGAUGUGAACGUGGCCCCGUUUGACACCAACUUGCUGGAGAUUGACUUUGCGGAGCUCAACCGGUAUGCGCCGGAGCACCUGGCGGCGCCACUGGCGAGGAAGGGCUCUAGCUUGUCAGAAAUGGAGGGGAAUGCUGAUGCGUUGACCGAGACUGGUGAGGAGUCUGUUCAUAUCUCCGGAACGGGGAAGUUGGAGGUGGAGAAUGCUCAGCUCAGGGCCGACCUUGCAUCAGCCAUUGCUCGCAUCUGCUCGCUGAGCCAGGAGCUCGGAGAUGACCCACUGGAUGACAGUAAAGUCGGCGGCUUUUUGAAGGACGCGGCGGAGAAGACGGCCGAAGCCCUGCGUCUUAAGGAUGAGUACAGCAAUCAUCUUCAGUCCAUGUUGAAGAUGAAGGAAUUGCAGUGCUCCUCAUAUGAAAAACGCAUUCAGGAGCUGGAGCAGAGGUUGUCCGAUCACUACCUGCAGGCUCAGAGGGCUCCAGCGGGCAAGGACGCGUCUUCCGGGUCUGCUCAUCGGGAGCUGAAGGUUGAUGAUGACUGCAAAUCUGGGGUGUCCGGAGAUGGCGAAGUCCACAUGCCGUAUACUGCGGAGACCUCGACUGAGGCCAUGGAGGAGGCUUCUUCUGCAUCGGCAUCUGCAGAAUCCAAGCUCAAGGAGCAUUUCACAGAGCAAUCGGGCAAGCCCCGGGAGGGAGCCGAUGAGAACAUGGUUGACUUCCCGGGAGAAUUGAUUCCUCCAGUGCUUGAUCCGGGGAAGAAUCUCGUGGAUGCAUCCAUGGUGGAGCAACCCCGGGAGGAGAACACGGGUUGUGAAAAGAACGGUGGGCCAAAGAUGGAAGCGGGCAAUUCGCUGUUGUCGCUCGACAACUCGAUGAACGGUGGUGGCGGAGGCCCUGAUGAACCUCCAAGGGCGUUGACCUCCAGCGGCAGUGGCAGCAGCAGAUCCGCCUUGAUGUCAAAAAGUGGGGACAUGUUCGUGUCGGAGCUGCAGAGCGCCCUUGCGGAGAGAUCAAGCCGGUGUGACGACAUCGAGUCUCAGCUCAAGACGGCCGUGGAUGAGAUCCUCUCUCUCCAGCAGGAUCUUGAGGUCAGCCGGAAGCUUUUGGAAGAAUCCCAGGUAAAUUUUAGUUUCUCUCUCUAAACCCUUCUCCAUUCAUCUCCCUUGGAUGGCAUCAACUUCCUAAAAAAGCUUCCUUUUUCUUCUUUGGGUUUUUUCUUGACCGAACAGAUGAACUGUGCCCACCUGGAGAACUGCUUACACGAAGCAAGGCAGGAAGCGCAGACUAAUCUGUGUGCCGCUGACCGAAGGGCCUCGGAAUACAAUGCCCUGCGUUCUUCUGCCGUAAAGCUGCGUGGCCUCUUCGAGCGGCUCCGGAGUUGUGUUGCCGCUUCCGGCGGCGUGGCUGGCUUUGUGGACUCGCUCCGGUCCCUCUCUCUCUCUCUAACCAGGUAUUCACCCAUCCAUCCCGACCAGAUUCUCUCUCUAACUUCUUUCUGCUUUAGUGAUAGAGAAUUUUAAUUUUCUUGAAAAGUUUCUCUUUUUUUUUUCUCGUUGACCAAGUGAAUUGAUUUCUGGGGUGGUUUUUGUUCCCUUGCAGCUCUCCCAAGGAGGAGGAAGACGACGGCCUCGCGGAGUUCAGAGCAUGCAUCAGGGUUCUCGCCGAUAAAGUCAACUUCUUAUCUCGUCAACGCACCGAGCUCCUGGAUCGCUGCUCAGUACUAGAGGCUACCGAUGGAAAACUCUCCAAGGAGGUGGAGGAGAAGAAGGAGCAGAUCAAGAACUUGUAUGCCAAGCUCCGCCUCGAGAAGCAGGUCAAUUUGAUUUCCUUCCUGGAAGAUUCUCUCUCUCUCUCUCUCUCUCUCUCUUCCUGUUUUGAAAACCUGAAGCCGACGACUUUCUUCCUUACCGGGCAGGCGAGCAAGGAGAAGAUCUCGUUCGGCCGGCUGGAAGUCCACGAGCUGGCGGCGUUCGUCCUCAACGCCGCCGGCCACUACGUGGCGGUCAACCGGAGCCACCCCAACUACUACCUCUCCACGGAAUCUGUGGCCCUGUUCGUCGAUCAUCUUCCGACAAGGCCCGCCUACAUAACCGGCCAGAUCGUGCACAUCGAACGCCAGACAGUAAGGCCUGCCGCCGCCGCCGGCGGUGACCAGGCGGAACCCAUCUCCGGGGGCGCCGCCGCCGCCGGGCGUCUGGUGGCGCCGCCGACGAACCCCUACGACCUUCCCGUGGGCUGUGAAUAUUUCAUCGUGACUGUGGCAAUGCUUCCCGACGCCAUCCGUCCCCUCACUUCCUGA